UCGCUGGGCAGCGGCGGCGGCCAAGGUGGUGAGGGGCGAGGGCUGCGUUGGCGGCUACUACCACAGCGGUCAAGACGGCGUCGACCGGGAGAAGAGCGAAGAUCAGGCCGAGGGCUAGGUAAUGUAAACAGGGAGCAUGUCACCAUCACCUCAGCAAGAUCAGAAUUUAACUUUACGCUUGUUACCCCUAAGUUCAUCAAAAGACAACCUGGUUCUUCACAUCUUCCUGAAGUACAGUACUACCUGUCCUGUGUCAUAGGUGGCAGUUGCCCACCAUAUUCAGCCAUGCGUCCGCUGGUGUUCCUGUGUGCCCAGCAGGUGAUCAAGGAUGAGGAAUCUGCGUGCCAGGCCUUGGAGCUUCUGCCACAGGACCUGUACCCAGUCCUAUUCAAGGCAGCCUUCAUGCAUGGGAAGACGCUGUUGCUCCAGGCUUUGGUGCAUACAUGGCCCUAUCCCAUCCUCAGUUUCAAGCAAUUACUGCAGGAUCGGCCACACUGCCGCAGGGCUCUGAGGCAGGACUGGCCACACUGCCUUCGGGCCCUCCUCCAGGAGUGUCCAAACUGCCCCCGUGCCCUGCUUCAGGACCGGCCUGCAGAGGAGCUGGUGCAGGCCAUGAUCAUGGGAGUCAAGGCUCGGCUGGAGGAGGCAACAGAUAAUGGAACCCAGCAGUCCCUCUACAGGAGGCAUCCACUGCAGCUAUUAGAUAUGACUGGACUCCUGGAUUAUGGCUAUGAGGAAGACCUAAAAACUAUGAAAAUGUGGGCCCGUACCAUGACCAUGGCCCAAACUGGCAUUUGCCACCUCUUGGAGAAAGUUGAGCAGCCAAAUGAAAGCCCCAACAAGUGCAGGAAGGUCGAGGACCUGCCAUGCACACUUCUCCCUGUGGAAGUGCGUGUAGAUCUCUGGGUGACCCCCUCCUCCAGUGGCUUUUUAAAGCAGGCCCUGCAGAAUAAUGCUGUCAGCCCCCUGCGCUUGUGCUGCCGGGAUUUCCGAGCUGAAGACCUUCCACCAGACAUCACUGUGGAUCUCCUGGGGCUAUUGGACCACUCAAGCUUACGCCGACUAGAUCUGUCCUUCUUUACUCUGGAAGCCGGGGGUGUGUGGGAGAUCGUAGCUUCCAUCAUGAAGUUCACUAAUCUGCUGAGCUUGAAACUUCAGUACAGCAACAUGGAUGUGUGGCGGCUCUGGGCCAUGUUGGAAGGCACCUUCAGCUUCUUGGCUUCAGAGAUGAGUAAGCUGAAACGCCUCAAGGAGCUUAAUCUGGGCACCUCGUGGCUCUCGGGCCAGCUUCGGCAGCUGCUUAGUGGCCUACAGUGUCCCCUGGAAAGCCUGGAACUUCCUGUCUGCUACCUGCUGCCUGUGGACUUGAGCUACUUGUCCCAGAGUCCACAUGCUCCCCACCUCAAGAAGCUAGACCUCAGUGGCAACAACCUGUCAGGUGAUCUCUUGCCCCCCUUCCAGGCUCUUUUAGGGGAGGCCUCAGCCUCCUUGCUGUGUCUGAAGGUGACAGAGUGCCAGCUCAUGGAUGUUCACCUUAUUAGUACCCUGCCACUUCUGUCCCGCUGUACCCGCCUACGCUAUCUUGGUCUCUAUGACAAUCCCCUUUCUAGCAUUGGGCUGAAGGCCUUGCUGUCUCGCUCUGAGGUAAUGCCUGACCUCCAGCUGGUAGUGUACCCAUUUCCUGUGGACUGCUACAAGGACCUGCCUGGUGUGCCCCUUUCUGCAAACCUCUUGGAGGACUAUAUUGAUGAGGAGAAAUUUGCUCAGGUUCAGGGAGAGAUGCAUCAGAUGUUAAUAGCAGCAGGUAGGGCUGAUGUGCUGUGGACCACAGAUGUCUAUGGCCCAAACAUGCCCGACUACUUUAGCUUGUGACAGGAAGGCUGCCUGCCAGGGACAGGGAGGCCCUUGCAGUCAUCCAUUCCCCCUGGGCCUGGCAGGAGAGCCUCCUCACCUUCUGGGCUGCAUGUCUUGGGGAUAGGUAGGGAGCCACAAAGCCUUUGCUCUCAUUGCCUGCCAUCUUCAGACAAGGGAAUGGGGCUAACUAACAGGGAAGCUCCAACCUGUGCCUCACCUGAAGGGUCCUUGAUAAGAAUAACAAGUGUGAAUGAGGAACUCUUAGCCAGUGGAGUAGGCCCAGUAUUCUGGCACCCCAUUCAGUCAGUGAAUUGUUCCUGUGGGAAGGGCAUAGUUCUUUCUGUCUUCCCCAGUGAGUGAAGGGAAUUGGGUUCAUUACUGAGGAAUGGGAGGUCGUAUGCCAAGCUUCAGCCCCAGAGCUUCUGAGUUAUAGAUCACUGAUCUGGAGUCUCGAAAGCUCUCAAGAUUAAGCCGUAGCCUUUCCCUUUCCAUCCCACCUUUUGGAAUGGACAGCUACUGCUGUGAACUUCUCUUCUGCCAGGCUAAGGAUGCCCACUUAGUUUCUCAUGUCUUCUCCUAGGUUCCUGGUUUCCUUUCUCCAAGAGUCUCCCUCCAAUUUCUUUUUUUUUUUCUUUUAAACUUCUACCUCAUCCCGGGAAGGGUUUGAGCUUAGGCAGGUGCUAGCCCUUUCUCAGCUGCAUCAGCCUUAGCUACUCCUUAGUCUCACCCUUCAGUGGCAUGAAGAAAGAGGCAGUGGAAAAGGGCAGCCUGUGGGAUUCUUCCCUGGACCUUAGGCCUGGUUUUUCUUCCGCUUCCCCAGGGCUCAAGUUGCUCUUUGAACUUUAUUCUGGGUGGUUCUGUCCUGAGCCCCAGGGCUUUAAUUUUUCACUACUUUCUAAGUCUCACUAAUUUUUAACCCUUUGGCUUGAGACACCAAGCACCACUUGGUCCCUGGGCCUGCUUGCUCCUGAGCUCAGAUCUACUGACCCUUCUUCCUUUUUUUGCUACUGCCACUGUAUCUUGGUGUACCUAGUUUUGCUUCAGUGGUCCCUUUUUUUCCUUUUUAACCCUGUUUCUCCAUGCUCCACACAAAUAUUGUCUAGGAUUUAUUCCCAAAUUAAAGGAGAAGGGUAUUGAUUCAGAAAUAAUAUAACAAAUGAGAUAGUUACAAUCAGUUAUAACAAAAAUUAAUUCCAGGACAGACUUGAUUAUAAUUAACUCUCUGAAAUGUUCUCUGGGCUUUACUUGGUCCCCGUGUACUUCUCUCCUCUAUAAACCUACCCCAUACUCUCUAGGGCCCCAGAAAAGAGGAUGACAACACUUGUCUCAGAACCCCACUGCCUAUUGGGGAUUUUCUUCUGACAGCAGAUCCCAGUUGUAAUCAGGAUGCUUUCUGAUUACUGCUCAGUGAUCACCUACAUUAUAAUCAGGUCACUAAAUAUCUCUCCUGUUUCUGCCCAAAGUAGGGGAAGAGGUGAUGAAGAACUACCUGUCACUGAAGUGUUUUUCAUUUUUGCAUGACUCAGAAACAAGACUAAUUCAGUAUUUCUUUAAUAUCAUCUUGCCCCAGCCAAAUUUCACAAAAGACAAUCCCUUUCAUUCCCGGGAUGCCAGAAAUAUGUGGUACUCGAGUGGGGCUGAUGCUUAUCCUACUGAGAAAAGGCAUAGUGAUAGCCAGCUCUUUCCUCCCCAAUCCCUCACCCUGGAGGAAAAAGCUGUGUGGCAGAGCUAGUGCCUGUCCCCUCCCCUAGCCCUUGCUUCCUCGUCCCUACCUUUUUAGACAUUAGAGCAGGAAAGUCUCUAUCUAUCUGUGUGUAGACUUUGUUGUUUCCUGACUCCUGAGAGAAGUAGUUAUGGCUAACAUAUGCACAGGGACCUGCUGACAUUUUGCUUAUCCAGGCUGACACAUCAUAAACUGAAUUGCUUCACAGAUGAUUCGUGACUACCUACCUGGCAAACACAGGUAGUGAACCUUCUGUCUUUCUCUGGAGCCCUAACGCUGACCUGAGCUUAUCAGGAUUCCAGGGUAAAAGGAAGGUGAAAAGGACCCCCUACUGUUCACUCAGUGUGGCCUACUUGCUUGGCCAUCUCACUAAUGGUGGGAAAGUAAAGGAGCAGAAUCUCGAGCUAUAAACAGGGUAGCUGGAUUUUACUCCACGUGAACUGUUUGCUGACUUCCUGGCCAAUGCUGGUGGAAUUGUUCCUAAAUGAAGGACUUGACAUUCAUUCCUGUUAAAUUUAACUUUGCUUCUUGGUCCACUUUGUUGGAAUCUUUGUGAAUCUCAGCUCUGUUGUUCAUGGGUAGCUAUGUGCCACCCCGUUUUCUGCCAAGAAUUUACAUGUUGAAGUGACAGGUCCUCAGAUUGCUCUCUGUGGACUGGCUAUUGGAACUGUUAUCUUUGAGUUUUCAUCAUUCCCCUUCAGUACCCACAUUGCCCUGCUAAGGGGGGUGCGGGGUGGGAGGUGGGGUUGCACACCAGCAUAUAAGCCUGUGAUAUCCAUGCUCAGGCAUGUCGAACUCUUGGGUGUUGAGGACCAUUCAAAAGGUUGCUUUUACUGCAGGGGGUGAGAGGAGAGCCAAACCUAGUCUUUUCCUCUAGUGUUUCCUCCUUUCCUGGGGCAGACAGAAAUAUAGGUCCUUGGUGGCCCUCUUAGAGACUGGUGAUGUCCCAGAAUUAAACCCCUAGAAGCAUCCAAGCCUCCCAUACUAGGACUUGUGUGUACCUGGUUCUGACCCUAGGAUGUUCUCAGGCUCAAAUCUGACCUGUCAGGGGCCACGUCAGUUGUUUUCCAUACUCCCAGCCUCCCUUUCAUCACCCCCACCGAGAACCCUUAGAGGAAACAGUCUAAAAUGGCUAUUGCCCCUAGACCUGAGUGGGGGUGGGAUCAGGGUAACUGAGGUCCCUGAUAAAUUUCAUUUUAUUUUAUUUUUUGAUCAUCAUUCCAGCCUGUGAGUUCUUUGGGAAUCUUACCUCUGUGGUCCAUUGCUACUUUGUUAUUCAGCUUCCAUUUCACACACAUUAAAUGCAGGGCAGGACCAAGGCACAAUGAUUUGGGGGGGGGAUAUUAAAAAUAGAAUAAAGACACAGGCCCUGCCCUCAAGUUAUGAUUUAAUAGAGGAAAUAAGAUGGACACAAUUCUAAAAGGAGAGAU